AUGAAACUAUUUGCUUCGGCUUUGGGGCUUCCUCUCAGCCUGGCUGCUAUGAGCUUGUCUCGCGUCGAGGGCUUCAACUGCACGCUGCCAUUGACCAGAGUAGGGAAGAAGCAUUACUUUGUGGAGAGCAAGGAUAAGCUCACCUGGUACGAUGCCAACGAGCGCUGCAUUCGGUCGGGCCUCCAGCUGGCCACCGUUGACUCCGAGUACAAGUUCACUGAGCUGACCGACUUCUUGACGAGCAUGGGCUAUCGCGCCGACUGGAUCUGGAUUGGGGGCUUUGGCCGGCAGGGCAGCUGGCUGCAGUUUGGUCCUGCCCGGCCCCUGCCCUAUGCCAAAUGGUACAUCAGCCAGCCGGACAACCUGAACAGCGAGAACUGCAUGAACCUAUAUCGCAUCGGGGAGCCCUGGUUCAUGAACGAUUACUCCUGCCGUGUCAAGCUCUCGUACAUCUGUGAACUCGACUCGACAAGAGUGUAUAUCAACUGA